AUGCCCCGGGAAAACAUAGGAGACAUCUCCGCGAAAUCGUUUGCGGAGUUAUUGUCUGGGCCGGUAUUACAUAUCUUUGUUGGGCCCGAAGGUCGGCAGUGGUCGCUUCACCAGAAUCUACUCGUCCAUCAUGCGCGGUUCUUCGAUGAGUCGUUUACUGUCAAUGGCGAGCACAAGAGGAUAACGGAUGGAAGGCUGGAGCUGCGCGACGAAGACCCAGGAGCCUUCGAGUUGCUGGUUAAGUGGCUCUAUCAGGGCAAGAUAGAUGACGUGUCGUGGAUGCCCAAGGACGUCAAAUGGGACUAUGCCUUCAAGUGCCAAAAGUUAUAUCUUCUGUGCGAGACCAUCGGAUUGCAGGAGUUGAAGAACCAGGCGAUUGACCAGUUCCGUCGAGGGUGUCACGAGGCUGGAUUGGUUCCUGGACCGGAGGAGAUGAAACCCAUCUACGAAAAGACCCGGCCAUCUUCACCCUUUCGGAAGCUCGUCAGCAAGAUUGCCGCCAGGCAAAUCAUGGACCCCGACUCGCAAAAGGAUGCGUCAUCGUACAGGGACUGUUUCGCCGUCUCGCCCGACUUCGCCGUCGAUGUCGUUAAUGCGAUCAAAGCAGGCACCGGCGGAUCACUCUUUGAUGAUCCCACCGAGGGCAACUCCUGCCGAUACCAUGAGCAUGAAGAUGGGGAAACUUGUCACAAAACGGUCAAGUUUAAGGACACAUCCUGA